AUGACUGGUCAAAAUGAAGGGAACGGAGGGGAAAAAUCCCCUGCAAUUCCUGCUCCCGCCGGGCUGGGGCGCUGCCCGGGGAAACAGCAGGGGGCGCCCUCCACCCUCCUGCCCCGCUGCGCUUCCGCCCCCUCGGCGGGCCCUGACGUCCCCAGCCCCCGCCUCUUUCUCGCGGGCUUUCAAAGGGCGUUCGGGGCAGCGGACCGAGAGCUUCAGUCAGCUGGCCGAAGCCGCUUCAGGACAGCUCGCGUCCCGCGCCUUCGGGAGCAGGUGUGGAGACCGCGCGGCUGCCUCGACAGGCCGCCUCGCUCGAAGCCUCCAGCCACGCCGGGCAGGCACAUGGAGCGCAGCGGCGGGACGCCCCCAGCGGAGGCGCUCGUGUCGGGGAGCGAGCCGUCCCAGGGCGGCUCGCUGGCCCGAGCGGAGGGGGCGGCGGCGCCGGCGGAGCCCGAGGGGGCGGCCGCGGCUGCGGGCGCUGGCGGCGGCGAAGGCGAGGUGGAGGGCUCGCGCGGACCGCGGCGGGCUCUGAGGGCUGUAUACGUGCGCAGCGACAGCACCCAGGGCGCCGGGGCGGGCGGCCCCGAGGCCGGGGCGCUCAAGUGCCUGCUUCGAGCUUGCGAGGCUGAAGGUGCCCACCUCACUUUCGUGCCCUUCGGGGAGCUUGACUUCGGGGAGACGGCUGUGCUGGACGCCUUCUACGAUGCAGAUGUUGCCAUCGUGGACAUGAGUGACAUCUCCAGACAGCCUUCCCUCUUCUACCAUCUUGGAGUCCGUGAAAGCUUUGACAUGGCCAAUAAUGUGAUUUUGUACUAUGACACUGAUGUUGACACUGCUCUGUCAUUGAAGGAUAUGGUAACUCAAAAAAAUACAGCAUCUAGUGGAAAUUACUAUUUCAUCCCCUACGUCAUGACACCAUGUGCUGAUUAUUUUUGCUGCGAGAGUGAUGCCCAAAGGCGAGCCUCAGAAUACAUGCAGCCCAACUGGGAUACCAUCUUGGGACCUCUGUGUAUGCCUCUGGUGGACAAAUUUAUUAACCUCCUUAAGGACAUCCACGUGACCUCAUGUGCUUAUUACAAAGAAACCUUAUUAAACGACAUCCGGAAAGCCAGAGAGAAAUACCAGGGUGAUGAGCUGGCAAAAGAGCUGACUCGGAUCAAACUCCGCAUGGAUAACAUUGAGGUUCUGACAUCAGACAUCGUCAUUAACUUACUCCUGUCCUACCGUGAUAUCCAGGACUACGAUGCGAUGGUCAAGCUGGUAGAGACACUGGAGAUGCUGCCGACGUGUGAUUUGGCUGACCAACAUAACAUUAAAUUCCACUAUGCAUUUGCACUGAAUAGGAGAAAUAGCACAGGUGACCGUAAGAAGGCUCUUCAGAUCAUGCUUCAAGUUCUACAGAGCUGUGACCACCCAGCCCCUGACAUGUUCUGCCUGUGUGGGAGGAUCUACAAGGACAUUUUCCUGGAUUCAGACUGUGAAGAUGUUGUGAGCCGUGACAGCGCCAUUGAGUGGUAUCGCAAAGGAUUUGAACUCCAGUCAUCUCUUUAUUCUGGAAUUAACCUUGCAGUUUUGCUGUUAGUUGCUGGACAACAGUUUGAAACUUCCAUGGAACUAAGGAAAAUAGGUGUCCGACUGAAUAGCUUGUUGGGAAGAAAAGGGAGCCUGGAGAAAAUGAACAAUUACUGGGAUGUAGGUCAGUUCUUCACUGUGAGCAUGUUGGCCAGUGAUGUUGGAAAGGCUGUACAGGCAGCAGAAAAGUUGUUCAAAUUGAAACCUCCAGUCUGGUAUCUGAAAUCAUUAGUUCAGAACUUGUUGUUAAUUCAGCGCUUCAAGAAGCCUAUUAUGGAACAUUCACCCAGACAGGAACUACUUAACUUCUGGUUAGACAUAGUUUUUGAAGCAACAAAGAAAAUUACUAAUGGACUCAGAUUUCCAGUUCUGGUAAUAGAGCCAACCAAAGUCUACCAGCCUUCUUAUGUUUCUAUAAAUAAUGAAGCCGAGGAGAGAACUGUUUCUUUAUGGCAUGUCUCACCCACAGAAAUGAAACAAAUUCAUGAGUGGAAUUUUACAGCCUCUUCUAUUAAGGGAAUAAGCCUAUCUAAGUUUGAUGAACGGUGUUGUUUUCUUUAUGUCCAUGAUAAUUCUGAUGACUUUCAAAUCUACUUUUCCACUGAAGACCAGUGUAAUAGGUUUUGUUCUUUGGUCAAAGAGAUGCUAAACAAUGGAGCGGGCAGCACAAUGGAGUUGGAGGGAGAGGCUGAUGGAGAGACCUUAGAGUAUGAGUAUGACCAUGAUGCAAAUGGCAAAAGAAUUGUCUUGGGCAAAGGCUCCUAUGGAAUUGUGUAUGCUGGCCGCGAUCUAAGUAAUCAAGUGCGAAUAGCCAUCAAAGAAAUACCUGAGAGAGAUAUCAGGUACUCUCAGCCUCUGCAUGAGGAGAUAGCCCUGCACAAAUACCUCAAGCACCGCAAUAUUGUUCAGUACUUGGGCUCUGUUUCAGAGAAUGGGUACAUUAAGAUAUUCAUGGAGCAGGUGCCUGGAGGAAGCCUUUCUGCUCUUUUGCGAUCCAAAUGGGGACCAAUGAAGGAGCCUACUAUCAAGUUUUAUACCAAACAGAUUCUGGAAGGCCUGAAGUAUCUCCAUGAGAACCAGAUAGUGCACAGGGACAUAAAGGGUGAUAAUGUUCUGGUAAAUACCUACAGUGGAGUGGUGAAAAUCUCUGAUUUUGGAACCUCAAAACGUCUUGCAGGAAUUAACCCAUGCACAGAGACCUUUGCAGGCACUCUACAGUACAUGGCACCUGAAAUUAUUGACCAAGGACCUCGCGGAUAUGGUGCUCCAGCUGAUAUCUGGUCUCUGGGCUGCACCAUCAUUGAGAUGGCCACAAGCAGGCCUCCGUUCCAUGAGCUCGGUGAGCCACAAGCAGCAAUGUUCAAGGUGGGGAUGUUUAAGAUCCACCCUGAGAUUCCAGAAGCCCUUUCGCCUGAAGCCAGAGCCUUCAUCUUAUCCUGUUUUGAACCUGACCCUCACAAGCGGGUCACUGCUGCUGACCUCCUCAGAGAGGGGUUCUUAAGGCAGGUGAACAAAGGCAAGAAGAACCGAAUUGCUUUCAAGUCCUCAGAGGGUGUCCGGGCUGCCGCUGGUACCCUGGCCCUCCCCUCCCCAGGGGAGCUCGUGGGCAGCAGCAGUAGUGAGCAUGGCUCCAUCUCCCCAGACUCGGAUGCCCAGCCCGACGCACUCUUUGAGAAGGCCCAGAUGCCCAAGCAUCAGCUCGGACAGCUGCUCAGUGUUCCUGAUGAGAGCUCAGCCUUGGAAGACCGGAGUUCAGCCUGUUCCCCAGAGGACAGGGACCCGGGUCUCUUCCUGCUGCGUAAGGAUAGCGAGCGCAGGGCCAUCCUGUACAAAAUCCUGUGGGAAGAGCAGAACCAGGUUGUUUCCAACUUGGAGGAAUGUGUGGUGAAGAGUUCAGAAGAGUUACUUCUCUCAGCUGGCCACAUCAAGCAAAUAAUUGGAAUCCUGAGAGACUUCAUCCGUUCCCCAGAGCAUAAGGUGAUGGCAGCCACAAUAUCAAAGCUAAAGGUGGACCUGGACUUUGACAGCUCUUCCAUCAAUCAGAUUCACCUUGUUCUGUUUGGAUUCCAGGAUGCUGUAAAUAAAAUUUUGAGAACCCACUUAAUCAGGCCCCACUGGAUGUUUGCGAUGGACAACAUCAUCCGCAGAGCGGUGCAGGCCGCGGUCACCAUUCUCAUCCCAGAGCUCCAAGCCCACUUUGAGCCUGCCUCCGAGACUGAAGGGGACAUAGGAGUGGAAGGGGGCUACGCCCUAGCAGACCCACCGGGCAGAGAGGCCCAGCCCUACCAGCAGCAUCUGAGCCUCCAGCUGAACAAGCUGAGGCAGGAGAACACCAGACUCUGGGAACAUCUAGUUCAAAGAGAAAGAGAAUACCAGAAUCUUCUACGGCUAAUUCUAGAACAGAAGACUCAAGAAUUGUAUCACCUUCAGUUACAAUUCAAAUCUACUGGUAUUUCAGAGAACACAACAUCCCCUGAUGGGCCUGGAAUAGACACAGAUCUUAUAAAUUGGUUGCAACUACAAGGAGUGGAUGCAAAUACAAUCAAAAAGAUUGUUGAAGAGGAUUAUACACUUUCAGAUAUUCUUAAUAACAUCACUAAGGAAGACCUAAGAGGCCUUAGACUACGUGGUGGUGUCCUCUGUAGACUCUGGCAUGCAGUCUCCCAGCAUAGAAGACAGGCUCAAGAGUCUUCACAGUGAUAGACGAUUAGGUGUCAUCAGACACCUACGCUGAGGAGAGUGAGCCAAUACGCUGUUUGUGGUUAAAGCUUCUGUUCAUGACCCCAAAAAUUCCGAGUGUGCACAGAAACACCCUUGCUCAUUUAAUUCAAGCAUUUAAAGACUCUCCUUACUGAUACAGUUUAAAAACAUCUUGCUGUUUAUCAACAUGAUUAAAGAUGUACAGAAUUGUGUGUUAGUGACUGUUUUGAUAUCCCAGCACAUUAGAAAUUAAUGUUUCAUUCAAAGUCAUUCUACCUUUUAUCAAUCACUGGGUAUAAGAGGCUGGGAGUUGUUUUAGUGUACGUAGUAAUAAAUAAACAUGUUAAAAAUG